AUGGUCAGAUGGUUGCUUUAUGCUGAUGAUCUCGCACUGUUCUGUAAAAGUAUAGCUGAAGUGAAAACCAUCAUGAACAUUCUAAACGGUACAUGUUCCCGCUUUGGACUCACCAAUUCCUUUCCAAAGAGAAAGACCCAAGUAUUCAACAAUGAUGAACUUGCCAACUUACCUUCAUUGUUUUCAAGCGGGGAUAAUAUGGUGGAGAAUGUAUCAGAGUCCAUAUACCUUGGCCAAACUUUCCGCAAUAAAACUCAAGGCAUUUUUCCGUGGCGGAUCCAGGGGAGGGGCCCGGGGGGCCCGGGCCCCCUCUUACUUUUAGACCAAACUGAGGCGUCGGAAGGACCAAAAAAACGUUUUUAGAGACCGGUCCUGCCCUUAACUAAAGGUCUUAAUUCGCCACUGGUGUAUCAAAAGCAACUGCGAAAUUCAAUGAAAUGAGACAAGUGCUGACGGACCAGAAAGUGAACAUGACAAUAAGAGCUAAGCUAAUGUGUGCGAUCCCGUCUUUCAUAUGGAACGCAAGCCUGUUGGAGACCUGUUGGAUGAAGUUAUUGAGGCAAAUGGUUAUUGGUGGGUGGAGUAGACUCCCAACCCCUGAAGACGCAGAGGAUACAGAAUUCAGACUCCGAUGCACCAAGACAGACAUUCUACACAUAACAAAUAAACAGUCUCAAAAAUGUGAUCUGGAGCCAAUAUUCAAAAUGUUGGUCAUGUUUGAUGUUUGA